AUGUCAUCCCAACCAGGAUCGGGGUGUCCACCCCACUGCUCCAAUGAGACUGGGAUCCGGUCUCCAGAACAUCCAGAUGCACCCCUGCCGAUCGAGCCCUAUCACGAUGACCCGCUGGCGGAGUACGAGCCUCGUCCCAUCACCGCAGAUGAAUACGAGGGGUACGAGGCUGUCCGGCCGCGCAGCAAGUGGGCCAUGUUCUGGUUGAGAAAUAAGGGCAUGUUUCUCGUGCUGCUAGCGCAGAUGUUCGGUGCUAGUAUGAAUGUCAUGACGAAGGUGUUGGAGAUGUAUAGUUCCAUGCAUCCGUUUCAGGUCCUUUUCGCUCGCAUGUCCAUCACUGCUGUAGCAAGCUACCUCUACAUGUGGUAUGCCAAAGUGCCCUCUCCGCUAGGCACGCGCCCCAUCCUUGGCCUGCUCAUUGCCCGCGCCAUGAGCGGCUUCAUGGGCGUCUAUGGGCUCUACUACUCCGUCCAAUACCUUCCUCUCUCCGAGGCAACUGUCGUGACCUUCCUAGUGCCAAUCAUGACCUGCUACGCCUGCUCAUUGCUUAUCCCCGGUGAGACCUUCUCCCGUCGUCAGCAACUAGCCGGGAUAGUUUCCCUCGUCGGGGUUGUGUUGAUCGCACGCCCAUUCCGCGAUCGCAACUCACCCGAUGAAAUCGACGGUACGGACUCGUACCACCAUAUUCUAGCGACUAUUGUCGCCUUCGUGGGUGUUCUCGGUGGAGCCGGCGCAUAUACUUCCAUCCGGAUGAUUGGUCGGCGUGCGCAUCCCCUCGUUUCCGUGACUUACUUCUCCAGCGUGACGACGAUCGUUAGUCUCACGGCUAUGGCGGUUGUGCCUGGUGUGCCGUUCCGGUUGCCCAGUACCCCGACCGAAUGGAUUCUGUUGACGGGCCUGGGGGUUUGCGGCUUCCUGCUGCAGUUUUUGCUGACGGCGGGGUUGUCGUACGUGCCGCCGGCUGAUGUCGGUGACAAGGCGGGCCAAGGCUCUCGAGCAACUAGUAUGGUCUAUACGCAGGUGUUGUUCGCUCUGUUUUACGAUAAGGUGGUCUGGGGAAGUACGUUGUCGUUGUUGAGUUGGGCGGGGUCGGCGCUGAUCCUGGCAUGUGCCAUUUCCGUGGCGGUGAUGCAGGAGAGUCCGUCAGACAAAUCGGGGCCUAGGCCUGAGCUUGAACCUGAGCCCGAGCGUGAAUGUGCAGAAGAUCAACCUCGAUACAAGGAUGGUGACGAGGAGGCGUGA